ACCCGGCUUAGGCCGUCGUCAUUGUGCCUCCAGGCUUACCUACAGGUCAACUACUUCGUAUGUCCUAGCCGCCAUCUGGCUCCCUAUCUCUCAAUCGGCUGGCCGGAGAGAAAGUCAAAUCCCCUGACUGAUGAGAAGGCGUUGGGCCAGACUCUUCAUGAAACAUCGGAUGCCGUGGGGCGAUUUGCCCAGGAGGGUUGACAGCCGAGCGAUUGCUUCAAGAAUACGACCAAAAAAAAUUAUGAUGGGAUGGUCGUCUAAUUCCACGCUCCAGAAUAUUAACUUUCCAGAGGAGACUAUGCUAGUGCAAGGGAGCUGCCGAAUGACACGCCCAGCGAAAAGGUCGAUGGCACAACUCAGAGAGGGUCCGCUAGUCAACGAACGACUAAUCGGAAGGGCUGCAAAUAAUCUCGAGAUCCCCUGUAAGGAUUCUGCGGCGCGAGAAAAAAAAAAAAGGCCUCAGAAGUCACGACUCCAUCAGUCGUCAUACGGAGUCCAGUGUCUCCGCUGGACUCGAACGAGUCGGAGCCGAUGCGCGACCGAGCCUAACGAUGGUCGAUCCCACUCGGGUGUGCUUCGUAUUGUCUCGCGUUGCCCUUUUCCUUCUGAAGGGAGCAAGCACUAUCUACUGCUGUGGCCGGCCGAUGCAUCAUUUUGAUUGACCACUCCGACAGGUCUCCUUGCGACCAAAGUCUAUAUUAUUGUAUAUUGGCCCUUCGUCAAUUUUAAUAUCACGAAUGUGAGGUGUCGGCCUGGGGCACAUGAUUCCGAUGUGAUCUAUCGUGGUGGCUGACUAAGAGCAUCGCCGAUUGGUCGCGCUCCAAGGAGACAUCUUGAACCGGUUUCUUCCUAACAUCAGGCCAUAGAGGCAUACCGUGGAAAAAAGCCAACCUCAAAUGAUUUCAUCCGUGGUUCCAUGGAUCACGCGACUCCCGGACUGCCCGUCCGUGACAUUUACUCACUUGAGUCACUACCAUACAACCGCUGCUUCAAGCCGCACAUCAUAUGGAGACUCGCUUGGUUAGAGGUCAUCUGGAAA